UCGGAGUUUCGGAGUGUUGAUAUCGGACCAUGCUGAUUUCUCAAAUGCGGUAAACAUUCUGAGGAACGCGGUUUUGUUCGUAUUAUUUAAUUUGUUUUCUGUUUGCCAGGAAUACCUUAAUCAAUAGAAACAUGGGUAAAAAACGAAAACUCACCGCCGAAGAAGAGCAGGACAGGCAAGACUAUGAUUUACCAGCUAAGCACAUGAAUAGCAGCCACAUCCGGUCCAAUGAACGACGUUUAAUUGUUAUCCUUGAAGGAGCUCAACUAGAAACUGUAAAGGUUGGUCCCGUUUUUGAAUUAUUAAAUUGUGAUGAUCAUCUGAGCAUACUGAAAAGGCAUAAUCGCGAUCCUGGCAGUUGCCGACCGGACAUCACCCAUCAAUCUUUGCUUAUGUUGAUGGACUCCCCUUUGAAUAGGGCAGGUUUACUGCAAGUGUACGUCAAAACGGAACGGAACGUGUUAAUAGAAAUCAACCCACAAACUCGUAUACCCCGCACCUUCAAACGAUUUGCUGGACUAAUGGUUCAACUACUCCACAAAUUUAGCAUUAAAGCUAGUGACUCCGAUAAGAAACUGAUGCGCGUUAUCAAGAAUCCGAUUACAAACCAUUUACCGGUUGGAUGUCGGAAGCUUGCCAUGUCUUUCAGUGCAACUGAAGUGGUCCAUCCGAGAGAGUUGGUACCGAAACAAGACGAACCGCUAGCAUUGGCUAUUGGAGCGUUUGCUCAUGGAAAUCUAAAUCUCGAUUACACCGAAGGUGUCUUUUCGAUCAGCAAUUACCCUUUAUCGGCCGCCCUGACCUGUGCAAAACUUUGUGGAGCGUUCGAAGAAACUUGGGGAGUGAUAUGAAAAAUAAAGUACAGAAAUAGAAUAAAUUUCUUUAUUGAAAUCA